AUGCCCAUCGAAGAGCGCCCGAAAUUGCCGACGGCGAAAUGGGGUGCGGCUUGCGCUGCGUGUGCAACGGCGAAAGCAAAGUGUAUCCGCUCGAAUGAGACCCCUGGGUCGAAAUGCGACCGAUGCGAACGUUUGCUCAAGGAAUGUACGGACCAAGUACACAAGCCUAGGAAGAAAAGGCAGCCCAAGCCCUCACGCACCGCGCAAAUCGAGGAGCGUCUCAAUGGCUUGAUGACCGAGUCACCCGCAACCAACAAUGCGGCUCCAAUCCAGAAGCAGCAGCCGCAGAGAGAUUGGUACAUUCCACCGACAUACAACUCUUUUGGACCAGCAAAUUGCAUCUGCCGCCCAGAACCGGGGGAUGCGCCCCCACCUCCAGAGACCGACGAUGUUGCCUUGGAGGCGUUCAGGACUCAUUUCCAGCCUCUAUUUCCAUUCGUCGUCGUCCCACCGAGCGUGACUGCUUCCCAGCUCGGCACAACACGGCCCUUCCUAAUGUCUGCGAUUCGCAUGGUUACUUCGAUCCGCAGCCUGCGCUCCAUGAGGGCACAGAUGUUCGCGCUAAAACGGCACAUCUCCGACUACAUGCUAAUUCGCUCGGAACGAUCCAUGGAUCUUCUACUGGGCCUUAUAGUGACUGUUGGCUGGUAUCAGUACCACUGCUUCACUCAUGCUCAACUUCAUAAUCUGCUGUCACUGGCAAUCUCCCUGAUUGGAGAGCUGGGACUCAAUCGACAUCCUAUAAUUCACGAAGGCACCAGGCUAAUGGCCGCUCAGCCACCGGCACCUUCUGCUCGAAGCAGCGAAGAACGGCGCGCAUUCCUUGGUGUCUGGUUUCUAGCUUCUUCAAUGUCGACCGUAUUUGGAAGAAUUGAUCCUAUGCGAUACACCUCAUAUGUCAGAGAAUGCCUCACAAUACUCGAGAACAACAGGGAAUUCGAAACCGAUGUUGUACUUGUCUUCCUUUUACGAAUCCAGCAUCUGACGCAACGCAUUUCUGAACUGAAUCCGCGAGAUAACACCAUCGAAGAGUUCACGAGCAUUCCAAAAGCGCCCACGGCAGUAUAUGUCUCCGUGUUUCAAAACGAGCUCGACCAGCUACGAGCCAACCUGCCGGAUCAUCUCAGGAACGACAAUAUCAUUAUAAUGUACUUCAAUACCGCCCGCCUCAGACUAUAUGAACCCCCGGUUCUCGACAAAGACUUGAUCUCCUCAUUAGCUGAUGCUUUCACGCUGAAUAAUGCAGGUGGCGGAACACCGCUCGAUCGCCACUACAAUACGAGCGCGGCUAUUACAGGGUGGUUUGAGAACUGGUUCGCCGUGCCUGUCACACAAUACGCGUACCAGACCACAGCUGUAGCUGCUCAGCUUGUUUAUGCACUGACGAUGCUCGGAAGAUGGGCUCAGCUUGUGGCCCCCAAACCUCUUGGUGAACCUGAUGACACAAAUCGUGGCACGACAGGCUUGCCAUCGUUUGAACCAAAAACACAGAAUACCCGAGGAACAGCUUUAUCACCUCAGACCGUUGAAAGCUGCUCAAUUCCGCAGGUAAUACCAGGACCUAUGACGCCGGCGGAUGGAGUCUUUGACCCAGAUCUUCCCGCCGCCGUCGCGCAUUUGCGCGCACAGCUCAAGACGCAUCCGGGUCUGAUGGUCAACGUUGGCGAGAUCCUGCUGGCCAUUUGUAAUCGCUUCGAGCAAGCCAAUGCCACUUUCCAGAUCUCGUCCACAGACACAAGAAGUGACGAAGCCAAUAUCUGGAGCAUAACUGCCCUGAAGGUUCGCAUCACCAAGGCAAAGCUGGAGAGAUGGGCUGAGCUCGUCUCUAAAGAGGGCGAGAAUCAUUCACCUGGCCAGCAACUCAAGGCCGACAUGGACUCGAGCAUGACUGGCUGGUCAGUUGGGCCGCAGGCCGCGCCCACUUCCGGCAUGAUGCAAAACGAUAGCGGUACUUGGCAGGGAAUAGACCCCAACAUGCCGGCAGAUCAGAUGCAAAACGUGUAUGGCAGCACCCCAUGGCGAAGCGAUCUGCUCACUGGAGUUGAUCCCGCGGUUUGGUUUGACGGAUAUCUUGAUUGGGGGGCAGUCAUCAUGAACUCGAUGGGUACUGUUGAACAGUAA